GAAUUUCCGUUUCAAUGGCGGACGUGUAUCCAGACCCUUCUCUCGGUUGCCCUACAGGUUCCUCACAGGGUAAUAAAAAUUCAAAAAAACGAGGUGUAUCUUCUUCAUCCGAGGCAAACAAGCAGAUUAAAAGGAGGGCGUCAAAGUCCUCGGAAAAAUCCUUUGAAGUCUCUCCUGUUUCCGUAACAGCUGAUGAAUCUAUUAUUGGUUUGACCCCUCGGGAAGACGCUGACAAGUAUCCACAUAAGUGCAGCGUUGUAGGGUGCCCAAAAGUUUAUAAGAACGCAAACGGACUUAAAUAUCAUAAUGAGCACGGUCAUGUCCCUCAGAGUAGCAACGGAGCUAGAGAAAAACCUUGGCCCUGCCGCCUUCCAGAUUGUCAGAAAGCCUACGGCAGUAAGGGUGGCUUAACUUAUCACGUUCACCACGUCCACCCAAACGAUUUAUGGGCCUUGCC